AUGUACAUGCCGAAUUCGCAAUGGACAUGGUCCUUUGCCAUCGUCACCCUAGUCCAGACGGUCGUGACGCUAGGGCUGGAAUGUUAUAUUUUUGCCAAUUUCCAGAUGCAAGAAAAGCCUAACGAGAGUCCAUCUUCCAAAACCAUCCCGACCUUCCUUGCGCUCUAUGGCUUCGGUUUCAUUUACGAGCUAAUCCUGGUCUACGACGCCCUGCGGAUGAAAAAUACCAUUCAAGUCAUCGGAUUGUGCGCUUGUAAUCUGGGUUUGUUGAUCUACGGUGCCGUGCAGGUCCGACAGAUCAAGGAUGCCGUGUCUGUGCUGGCAGACAACCAAAUGAUCAGUCCCAUCGUCUGGGCUCAAUCUCAGCCUUUCUUGAUCAUCAUUCCAUGCAUCGUUGCGCUCGGAUCGGUCUUGAUGGUCUUCGUCGCCUGGAAGCUGUAUGACGAAUUUGCGUGGACCAUUUACAAGCACAUCAGCGCGGAUCUUCGCAUGAAACGCCGAUAUCUGACCUACCAAAUCUACAUCGCUCUGCUCAAGUUCGAUUUCUUUUUCUUCUUGGGCUUCACGGUCCAAUUCUUGGUCGUCGUGUCAUCAUCUAAGCAUGAUGCCGAGUUCUAUCUGACCAUUAUCGCGGUUCCUGUGACGAUCAUUAUUUUGGUCUUUGCGGCGUGGUUCGUUCGACGCGAAUCCACCGCGGGCAUGAUUGUGAUUAUCUUGCUCUUGUUCGCGGCUAUGGGUUACUUCUGCUUCAAGCUUUUCCGCAUGUACUCGCUUCGUACCUAUGCGCAGUAUUUGCCUGCUCGACCCUCGAUGACAUUCUUCGCCGUCAUCACCCUGACCUUGAUCGUCAUCACCAUCGUCAACGCCUGCAUCUGCACACACAAUUUCCACCGAGGCUUGAAGCCGCAUAUCAGCAAGAAAAAGGGUCGGCCCGACGAGAAGGUCACUGAGCUGUCUGACAAUGUCAGCCAGGUGCCGUCGCGCAUGAUGAUCGAUUAA